GGUCCCCGGGGCCCCGCAGCUGGCGGCGCCCAGCCCUUGGCUGGGCAUUCCUUGGCCCGCAUGGGGCGGCAGUGGGGCAAGGCCCGGUGCGGCGGGGCCUGGCCUUAGCGAGGCCGCGGUGACUGGAGCAGCCGCCCCGCAGCGGCACCGAGCCCCGGGAGCGGAGCCGGGACCCAGCCCCUGCUCACGGUGCUGCUGAGCCCAGAUGUUUCCCGCUGGGCUCUGGCUCUAGGAUGUUGGAGAACCGAGAGGAAGAGCUGACCACGGUGCGUGUUCAGGACCCCCGGGUGCAGAACGAAGGCUCCUGGAACUCCUAUGUGGAUUAUAAAAUCUUCCUCCAUACCAACAGCAAGGCCUUUACUGCCAAGACCUCAUGUGUGCGGCGCCGGUACCGUGAAUUUGUGUGGCUGAGGAGGCAGCUCCAGAAGAAUGCUGGCUUGGUGCCUGUCCCAGAGCUGCCUGGGAAAUCCACCUUCUUUGUGGGCAGCACAGAUGAGUUCAUCGAGAAGCGGAGACAGGGGCUGCAGCAGUUCCUGGAGAAGGUUGUGCAGAAUGUGGUCCUCCUCUCCGACAGCCGGCUGCACCUUUUCCUGCAGAGCCAGCUCUCAAUACCCGAGAUAGAGGCGUGCGUGCAAGGCCAGGGCUCGCAGACAGUGACAGAAGCCAUCCUGCACUAUGCCAUGUCCAACUGCGGCUGGGUGCAGGAGGAAGAGAGCCGCCCCGCGCUGCUGCCGGGAGGGGACCUGCACGGCAGCUGUGCCGGCCUGGGAAGCCCGCAGGGGCCGAGCUGCCUAGAGACCUUCCCGCACUGGAGCGACUUUGGCAUGGAUGACAUCCACUCGGACAGUCCGGAUGAGCCAGCUGAGCCCUUGGGCGGACGUCGUGAGAUGCAGUAAACAGCUCUAGCGACCUCGCCUGCCUUCCCCAGGACCUGCAGCCCUCGCUGGAAGAGGGACCGCUGCUGAGCCGAAGGGAUGUCCAGGCUGGUGGGACUGGGAUUGCACUGGGAACAUGGCCUUGUCCAGGACUCUGUGGUGUCUGGGGCUCACAUGUUCUCUCUCUGUUGACUCUUGACUGUCCUUGAUGCCCCAGGCAGUGUGUUUGUAUCGCUCCUCUCUUGGAGAGGAUAUCUGGUGGUUAGUGAAACCUGUGUUUGUUGUUCCCAUGGCCUUUGCUCUCUGACUGGAGCAGAGUUUAGUUAGGUGGCAGUGCCAGCGAGGCUCUGUGUUCUUGGCAUGUCCCUGGCCCCGGGUAGGGUGGGAUACACUGGCUCACGUUCAGCACGACGGAGGAAGGCUUCCCUUGGUGGGAGCAGGGGCUGGCUGCUGCCCAGCAGGUCUCUUCAGUUUAGUCCCCCGUGUUGCCCUCUGUGCUGCAGGCAGGGGAGGCUGUGUCUCCCUGGGAAUGGCUGCCCUGGGCAGCUCCUGGGGAGGGUGGUCUCAGCUGCGCAGAGCCAGAGCCCAUGCAUGGGGUGCAGAUAACGUAUCUACACCUGGGGCCUCCUGGCACAGCUCACCCCGCAGGCUGCCUGCAGCUGGGAUGAAAAGCCAUGAGCUUCCCCCCGGGAGCAUGGGAACAAGUCGAUGGGGAUGUGGAGGGGGGCAGUUUGUCUCCCCUGCCCUUUUGAGUGGGGUGCUCCUUCCUUGCACACCUAUUGCCAAGCACAAGCAAAGCAGGGAAUGGGGGGCCUCACAGCCAGGAUGUAGUUUGCUCAGAAAGAAGGAGCAUGUAGCUGCCUCUCGGUCGGUGUCCGGCAGCGCUUGGGCUCUGGCUAUUCCUGACGCCUCUCCCUGUGCUCUCCUGCACCUUUUCCUCCCACCCUCAGCACUGGUGAAGGCAGAGCCGACGUGCUCUGACUUGAAAUAAAAAUGAAGUAGAAGAGA